AUGCUUAUCACCAUCGUUAUCACCAUGCUUAUCACAACGUUCGUCGCUUGGGUUCAUACCACUGUCCUAGUGGUUGGACUAAGUGUGGCUCUCGCUGUUUCUUGGUUCGCAACUACCAACGCACCGCAGCUGACGCAGAGACAUUUCACAUUGCUUUUCUCUUACUCCCCCUGUCAGAGACACUGCGUUGCUCUUGGUGGGAACUUGGCCUCAAUCCACAAUCACGGGGAAAAUGUGUUUGUCAGGAACCUGAUUUACAAAAGAUGUGGCUCAUAUGCAAAAGCCUGGAUCGGGAUGUAUGAUGCAAUUCAGGAGGGGAAGUGGUUGUGGACUGAUGGUUCCAAGGUUAGAUUCACAGCUUGGAGCCAUGGAGAGCCGAACAAUCAGCACCAAGAACAUUGCACAGAGGUCAACUGGAAAGGAUACAAGUGGAAUGAUAUCGGCUGUAACGUUCGGAGACCCUUUGUUUGUGCCAGGAAACUGUCUUGCCGCUAG